GCACGCAUUCGCACGGUAGCAGUCGAGGGAGUGGAAAUGGUUGGACGUCCGGGAGAGGUUGCUGAAGGUCAGUGUUGACAGGCCGACAAACAAAUGCGGGAAAAAAUGGGAUAAUCUCAUGCAACAGUUAAAAAAGAUCCACACUUUCAUGGGCAUGCCGAGGAAGGAGGACUUCUUCCAGUUGAUGAGUCAACAGAGGGCAGAGAAAGGAUUCAGCUUCAACAUGGAUCGGGCCGUCUACGAGGAGAUCAAAGGGGCGAAGGAGAGGAGCCACACUAUCAGCCCGAACAAUGUUGCAGACACCGGUGGCGCAGGAGGUGUGCAACUCCCAUCUGCUCAGUCAGCGACUCCCGAAUCUGUGGGGGACGGGGAUGUCGCUGGAGAUGGUAACGACGAAGACGACAACUUAGCGCGUGGGACCUCCCAGACGACUGGAAGUCCGGCCGGUUUCAGGAAGAGGAAAAACUCGCCAUCAUCGCUGUCUGUCUUCUCGGCGAUAACGAAUACUCGCAACUCUGGCAAGGGGAAAAGGGAGAGGGACUCCCAGAAAAGGGAAGCUGCCGGCGUCGUGAAGCGGGGGAGGCAUCGGGCGAAGAAGCCCAAGGCAUCAAGCGGCGGUGCUCUGGUGAUCGGGAGGUCCACGCGGGAAGAGUGGGUUACCGAGACCAGCAGCGGACAGGACGACGAUUUCAAAUUGGAGGCUGACACGUUUCAUGGGAGGAAAGGGACCUUGCGUGAAGUGUCGAACGCGAGAAUGGUGAGCGGAGAGGAAGGCGUCGACGGUGGUAAAGAUGGGGGUCACGGGGUUGCGCGAGGCAAGGGUGAGGGGGCCAGCGACGUGGGAGGCAGUGUUGCUGCCAGGGAGGAGCGUGGCCAGCUGACGACCCCUGGCAUGCGCGGCGCCAUGCCGUCGAAGGACGUGCAGGCGGUCCAGGACGUCGGUAAACACCCGCCAAUGAGGGCGCCUUCUAACCCAGCGACGCCCACGGCGGGACAGGCGAGAAGGGAUGAAGGGGCGGGGGUGAAUGCGGCAGUCGGGGGACAGCUUGCGACGCGCAUUCCCGCAAAGGAAGCCGCAGCGGUGAAAGCCGUCGUUGGUACAUCGACGACAGGCGCCGGGGGGGGCGGUGGCGACGGUCGUGAUGAUGCUGAUGACGACGAUCCCCUCAUUAACAGGCAGAGGCGAUCCGGAAACAUGGCGGCUCUGGAGGCGAAAGCGAAACUGUGGGUAGACGAUUUGCAUUUCGGGAAUGAGACGGAGGGGCAUGGGAUGUUCAAGAUCAUCAUGGAGACGUGCCUGCACCUCAUCGCCAUCGCGAAGGGUGUGAAACCGCCAGAGAUCAGAAAAAGCGUUGUCCUCCCGAACGCCACGAUCCCUCAACAGAAGAUGGAAGAUGUGUCGGAGUUGGGGGCCGCGAAGGAGAGGGCUUCGAGGGUGCAGACCAUAGCGUUGCGCAUCAUCCAUGGGUGGAUCUUCAAGUCCCCCAAUCGCGCGCGCGGGUACCACUGCUCCUACGGCUAUGUGCUGAACCACGUCGCCACAGACCUCGCCCGCGCCAUCUGGUUUGGAGAGGACUGGCGGGUAUGUGUGAGUCUGGUGGUCGUCCAUAACACCUUGGAGCUUCAUAUGAAGCUCCCCAUCUGGUACGUAGGUGGCGUCAUACACGACAGGCAUGAGGACGACGAAAUGGCAUCGUAUCAGGAGUCCACAACGCAACAUCUGGUGGGAGCUUUCACGAAUGCUGUUGACACGGGGGAGGGGGUAGACGGCGGGCGGAUAUCGUACGAGAGGCUGAGGAACGUGGCAGACUGCAUGCGCCUUUUGCUGUCUGCCGCCAUGUGGAUCAUGCGAAUGGCGGGAGAUAAUCUCCGUUCGCAUUAUGAGGCGUCCCAUCUCGUGGAGCUCAUUGCGAAACCGACGCUCAUUGCGUCGCUGCAUCGCUCGUUCGACGCGCGCCGCCAUGUUCUGCAGUGUGUCAAUGCAGUAACGGAGAAAAUGGGGAAGCCCCCCAUGAUGUCGGUCGACCCUCCGGUGUACAUCCCCGACUGGGUUUUGUGAGGUGACCGCGCACAGCCACCUGCUGCUGUUGCUGAUGACGACGAUGAUGUCGACGAUGAUGACGUGAUGAUGAUGAUGAUAACGGUGAAGAUGAUGAUGACGGUGAUGACAACGAUGAUGAUGAAGACGAUGUUCAUGAUGAUGCUGAUGAUCGUGAUGCUGACGAUCGUGAUGAUGACGGUGACAAUGAUGAUGGUGAUGAUGAAGAUGAUGAUGAUGAUGAAGAUGAUGAUGACGAUGUGCAAGAUUAAAGUUGAUGAUGAUGAUGACGAUGAUGAUGACUAAGGUGGUGAUGGCGAUGACGACGAUAGUGGCGACGACGACGAUGUUGUCGAUGAUGAUGGGGACAGGAGUUGGCAUGGCGUGUGAAUAGCGGUUGCGCGGGUUUCGUAGUCUGUCUUCUACUUCCUUUGCGUCGAGUCGUUUCCUGUUGUUAAAGCGGUUGUCGAGCACUGGUGAGAGCUUGGUUUCAUAUAGCUGACAGCAAAGUGUAGUCGACAUGCACGUCUUUUCAUUGAAGGGUCCACUCAUCGUCAAGUGUGCAGUGUCAUUAACGUCCAUCAUGUCUAUGCGCAUCAUUGAUGCUAAUUUGAUAUCGUGUGCUAUGGCGACCAUUCGUUUUAUAUCGCAGACGUGUUUUCUAAUGUUUGUUCUUUCCGAUUGCAAAGCUUCCAUGUAAAGUUGUGGGUGAUAAGGUGAAUGAAUUCUGCGUGAGAGA